ACUCAUUUCAUUUCACAAGUGACAAUACUAUUACACGGGUGAUAGUCGCAGCCAGCAUCGAGUCAUUUUGUGUUCAAACUACACUGUAUUCAAGUCCAAUGGCCAGCAGCUUCAGUACGUGUAACUGCAAAUAAUAGUAUUGGCUUUCCACAUGGCCGUAUCUUGGUGUGCAGCAGAACUAUUAUUCUAAUAAUUGUUACGAACAAUAGUGGUCGCUCAGAAUGACAACGCCGGUGCCAGAGGAACAAGAUCUGUCGCGGCUCACAUGGCACUCGUUUCCCUGCCCAGCCUCUGAGCUCUCGUUAGACGUCAACUUGGCCUGCGGGCAGUCGUUCCGUUGGCAUGCCUCCACGGUUGCCAUGGAGCCCCGCCCAUCAAGUACCCCGGUCAGCAAACAUUUCGCCAGUGCCCAUGACGACGAUGAUGACGCAUCUGGUAGUCAUGGCGACUUCGACAGCGGUGCUUCAGCGGUGUGCGCCUGGACGGGCGUGGUGGGAUGCUUCUUGGUGUCUCUGUGUCGACGUUGCGAGGAGCGUAUCCAGUGGUCUGUACAUCGACCCCAUGACGCCGACGUGGCUGAGGUGCAGAGCGUUAUACUGGACUAUCUAGCCUUGUCUGUCAACCUGACUGCAUUGUACAAGCAAUGGUCAGACGCGGACGAGAACUUCCGGAAGGUCGCCUCGUCAUUUCCCGGCAUACGUAUCCUACGUCAAGACCCGGUAGAGACGCUCUUUUCCUUCAUCUGCUCCUCAAAUAACCACAUAUCCCGAAUCAGCGGCAUGGUGCAGAAGUUGUGUGCCUUAUAUGGAACAUACCUGGCAACAGUAGAUGGACGCGAUUUUUAUAGAUUUCCAACCGUCGAUGCUCUAUGUGCCAAAGGUGUCGAGGCAAAGCUGCGUGACGCUGGUUUCGGCUACAGGGCGCAGUAUAUUGCCGCAUCUGCUAGAGUCUUAGCAGAGGAGCGAAAGCCUGAGUUCCUCAGUACACUCCGAAAUGAGGCAUACACUGAUGCCCACUCUGAAUUGAUUCGCUUGCCCGGCGUCGGUCCCAAGGUGGCUGACUGUGUGUGCCUGAUGGCACUGGACAAACACGAUGUCGUUCCCGUUGACACUCACGUAUACCAGGUGGCUCUCAGAGACUACAUACCUAGUUUGGCAGCACGCAGCAAGACCCUCACACCUUCUCUCAUGGCCACUAUAGGCGAUUUCUUCCGCAAGCUGUAUGGUCCGUACGCCGGCUGGGCACACUCUGUGCUCUUCAGUGCAGAGUUGCGUAAGUUUGGAGGUGGAAAAAAGCAAGCCAGUCCGCGGCGCAAGGCAGCAGCUGUGUCACAUGACCAACCUCGCGCCCAGACCGCAUCGUUAGCAACGUCAUCGUCAUCGUCCACCGAGCGAAAGUCGGCUGGCGAUGGACGAGGGGUGCGCCGGAAAGCAGCGGCAGCGCCUCCAUCCACACGCCAACCUAGGGCGAAGCGAUCCUGUAGGCAGUGAUCCUGUCGUGGGCACUUGAGGACUUGAGCUGAGUGACUUCGCACUUCGUGUUUAUGCCAUCUUCAUGUCAACUGUAUGUUCCAAAGGGACACAUUUUUUUAAAUAGGUUUGUGUUGCCAUAGGAACGUGUCAUUAAUUUUAUGAUCAUAUAAUAUUAUAGGUACCGGCUUUCAAUUUGUUUCUUAGGCCAGCAGGGUGUUAAGAUUUGAUCAUGGUGAUGGUAUGGUCUUGUUUACCAAGGACUGCCUUCAGUUCUAGUCCAGCUUCCACCACUGUGAACAGAGUCUGGAUUGCUUGUCGGUGAUGCACCGGGCACUGUGCAGAGCAAUCGUUGUGCUGGUAGACAUGACGCUCUGUGCCUGUUGUGUGAGGACUGCUGAACGGUGGAUGCUGAACGGUGGAUGCUGAACGGUGGAUGCUGAACGGUGGAUGCUGAACGGUGGAUCAUGCAUGUCACCUGUACACUUUAAAACGUGUAAGAAAGAGUACAUCUCCCCUA